AACAACUAGUAUAAUUUGACUAAUAUUUUACGCUUUGAAUGAUAAUCAUACUUAUUAAAUUGUUAGUGUGUCUUAUUGAAUCUUUUAAAAAUUUGAACCAGAAAAUGAAUGAUAUUCAUCACGAAUUCGAAGAAACUGUAAAACGUAUCCAAUCUCACAACGGAGUUGAUGGUGUCAUUGUCGUAAACAAUAAUGGUGAUCUUAUAACUUCAACUCUAGACAUGAGAUCGUCUGUUAGUUACGCUGAAUUGUUGUCCACGUUAGCUGAAAACGCAAUAGGGUUUGUCAGAAACCUGGAUCCGUCAAACGAGUUAACUGUCUUACGAAUGGGUUCUAAAAGACGAGAAGUAUUGGUGGCACCAGGUAAAGAUUUCAUAAUAAUCGUUCUUCAGAAACAAAAUCUUAAGUCUAUUAUGAAAAGUAUAGCAAACUCUUUAUCAUAAUGCGUCUACAUAUUGCUUUGAAUAAAACAAAAAUGAAAUUUUGUUAUUAUAAACUAGUUAUGUUGUACUUAUUUUGCUUUACCAAUACAUGAAAUACACGGAAUAAUAUUAAA